CAUCCUGUUUAACCGCAAACAUCGCCAACGCAAGCCUCGUUCUCCACGGCAAUCGACUCCGCUUGGUCGAAUUACAUACAGAGGACACCACUCUCGAGGUCAUCAUACCUAAUCUCGUUCUAGGACAGCCGUCCCGACUUGGGCGUGGCCGUGGCUCGUGGCAGCCUCAUGCAGGUAGACCGCACAAUCGAAAUCCGAGGGAAGAGAGGGUAUUGAGACAGCAGCGGAAGAAGCACAUCCGCGGGAUACACUGCUGAUCAGCCAGCUGUUGAGAAAGGGUACCACCGAGGCAGCUGGAAAACCCGUCCAAUCUGUGGUUGCUGAUGAAGUUGAGCUCCUCGAAAAGGGUAGAGAGCAUGUUGAAGGCAUCCUAGAGAGAGCAUCGAAAAGCGGGAAACGACAGCCUGCUGCUGCUGCUGCUGCUACUUCAUCUGCUGCGGCGAAGGCGAACCGCAAGGGGGCGGACGCAGCUCUCUCCGACCCUCUAGCAUUGGCUCAUGAUGGCGGGACUAGAAGCGGUGCUACCCCAAAUACUUCGCGGGAGGAAGCGCGCGAUGGAUUUGAUGCAGAACGACCCCGUGUUGAUGGAGCGAGUACGGGCCAUGCUGGAUGCUGACGCGGCAGAGCAGGCAGCAGCUAAGGUGGCUGCGAUCGACGCGGCCAACACUCGUGCACUCCGCGCGUCGUUGCAAGCGCUGAAGCAGCACUGCAACAGCUCGAUAGGGUGGACCACUUACCAGACAGCGCUCGCUGUAGCAGCCGGAGCGGGAGAGCACACGAGUAUUGACACGGACGUGUGCCACCCCGGCCAGCGGUGCAAGCCCUUUGAGUCUGGUGGAGUGAGCCUUGCUGAGCGAGCCAACAGUCUCGGCAUUCGGCGCGAGACUUUUAGCGUCGCACGGCGGCGGAUGCCAACACGAACCACGACAUCGCCCCCAAGAUCGCUGCGAGUGAGAGAUGCUACGUUGGCGCCUACGCUUGACCAGAGCAUGUGGGAGAAGGAAGACGAGGGAAGGGAGGAGGUCGAGGAGGGGGAGGAGGAGGAGGUGGAGGGGGAGCGGGAGGAAGCGCAAUACGUAAGGUCAAGAGGUCGCGUACGUAUCGCGAAGAAGAGGUUCCCGGAGGUGGGCUAGGGAUGGAUGGAUGUGUUGACUGCCAACCACAAGAAUGGAAAUCGUCGACGUUUGUUGUUCUUCUUGCUUUUUCUGGUGUGGUGUCGAACGCAACGUUUGCAAGUGUUGUGCGCUACCCUUUACCCUUGGUAGUAAUAAUAUGGGCGAAUCCCCGUUUGGUCCCCGGGGGGGGGGACACCAAAUUUCGUGUACCCUGGCGGGAAGUGGCCAGUAAAGUGUGCAAAAACUGUAGGGGUUUGUUCUACCGGAACAGCGGUCAAAAAAGCGCUUAAAAUGGGCAAGAUAUGGGCAAACCCCCGUUUUGUCUCCGGGGGGCCAGAAAGUUCGUUUCCCCUGAUUUGCGUUUCCCUAUGCAUUGAGUAAGAAAAAUCACCAAGUCUCGCUGAAAACCCACCCUCCCGACCCCUAAUUGAAAUCUGAGACCGAAUAUCGCAUCGACACACCGACAGCAACCCACAACUGAAUUUUCAGAGCUUAGGCGGUUUGGCAACAUUAUCAAUCUCAACCCCUCCCCGGCAUACACCGGAAGGCACCCAAGGCAUUUA